CAAACCCGGAAGUAAGAGAUUUUUUGGGGUUUUUUUUGGAGACAUGUCAACCUCCUCAACUCGUUUACACUAUUUGGUAUUUGUUUAGUUUACGACAUAACUCGAAUUUUGAACACGUUGUUAGUUAUCACUACAAGAAGCCAUGCUUCCUGCUGCUGCGGUGUAUUAUUUCCCGUGGGAAGUGAAGUCCGGAGCUUUGCAGGACAGACAGUCUGUGCGAACAUUUGGCAGACUCACCCGCUAUGAGCCCGAGAAGUCCCAGGCUUCACUAACAACUCAGCACGCUUCCAAAGAGCACCAUGUUGUCAUCAAUACCUCAUUUGUGGAACCAUUUAAUCCCAUAAUUGGAGCUCAAUAUAUAGUUCUGGGUGAAAUUGAAAUAGCUGAAGGGGUGGAGGGGCUGAGGAUCUGCGCUCGUGUCCUCAACUGUGUGGAUGGUGUAAACAUUGCCCUACUGCAAAAAGUCAUCAACGAGCAGAGGAGCUUCUUCAAGGAAAGACAGAGCCAUCUGGAGGAUGCUGCAGUACAACAUGCAGAUACAAAUUGAUCUUGAACAUGCUCAUGGACUGCUGAUGCUUUGGAUUUUGUAGUUUGUUUUUUAAUAAGGAUUUACAACAUACUUAUGGUGUAUAUCUCCAGUGCUUUAUUAAAUCAAAGAAAAAAUGUGCCACUCAAUUAAUACUUUUCUUAGUUCCAACUUUUGAUUUCCUGCAAUAGCUUUUGUUACAGCAUGGCCAGAAAAGCAUUUACUAUGUAGCCAUGACGUUAUGGCAUUACUCCCAAUAUCUGACGACGCUUGCGCUCUAUAACAUGAUCUCAUUUUCAUAAUUUAUGAAGUAAGUCAGAGGAAUUGUCCAUU